AUGCCUUUUGUUGACUUGUGUCAAGUUGAUCAUACAGUCUCGGACAUUCUCGACAAUGCUACUAUUCGAAUACAAAAAACUUCUUACUUUCUGCAGGUUGACCCUAAUUCAGGAUUUCUCCGCUUCAAAACACGUAAAGAAUGCAACAUCCUAGGCUUACUGUCUCGGAUUUUCAAGGUCUACAAAGAUGUAUCUUACGAGUCGUAUCUACUACAGCUUGUCUUCAAUGAAUGCUCAGUUUUCGAUCUCAACAACUCUGAUCUCCGUCAAAUGUAUCUGCGAGAUAUUCCUUCCAUUCAAUCAUUGAACCCUACUCGUUUCAAGCGUUUCCUUCAGAUAUUAAUCCCAGGUUGUACCAAGAACCUCUGGUAUCGCCUUUUACAUAACAAGAUCUCUUGA